AUGCGCCGCGUCCUCCGGCUGCUUCUCGGCUGCUUCCUCACCGAGCUGUGCGCCCGCGUGUGCCGGGCGCAGGAGCGAGCGGGGCACGGGCAGCUGGCGCAGCUGGGCGGCGUGGUGGUGCUGACCGGGGGCAACCGCUCCGGGGCCGCCUCGGGAGAGGUCGGCGAGGGCGUGGGGGUCUCGGACGCGCCCCCGACCCGGGCGCCCACGCCGGACUUCUGCCGGGGCUACUUCGAUGUCAUGGGCCAGUGGGACCCGCCGUUCAACUGCAGCUCGGGCGACUUCAUCUUUUGCUGCGGGACUUGUGGCUUCCGGUUCUGCUGCACGUUUAAGAAGCGGCGACUGAAUCAGAGCACCUGCACCAACUACGACACUCCGCUCUGGCUCAACACGGGCAAGCCCCCCGCGCGGAAGGACGACCCCCUGCACGACCCCACCAAGGACAAGACCAACCUGAUCGUUUACAUCAUCUGCGGGGUGGUGGCCGUCAUGGUGCUCGUGGGCAUCUUCACCAAGCUGGGGCUGGAGAAAGCGCACCGGCCCCAAAGGGAGCACAUGUCCAGGGCCCUUGCAGACGUGAUGAGGCCCCAGGGCCACUGCAACACUGACCACAUGGAGAGAGAUCUCAACAUUGUGGUUCACGUCCAGCAUUAUGAGAACAUGGAUACCAGAACCCCCAUAAAUAAUCUUCAUACAACCCAGAUGAACAACGCAGUGCCCACCUCCCCUUUGCUCCAGCAGAUGGGCCACCCACAUUCCUAUCCCAGCCUGGGCCAGAUCUCCAACCCUUACGAACAGCAGCCGCCCGGCAAAGAGCUCAAUAAGUACGCCUCCUUGAAGGCAGUUGGAAGUUCUGAGGGUGACUGGACAGUGGCGACACUUAAGUCACCGAAAGCCGACAAGGUAAACGAUGACUUCUACUCCAAGCGGCGGCACCUGGCUGAGCUGGCUGCCAAGGGGAACUUACCGCUGCAUCCUGUGAGAGUGGAGGAUGAGCCGCGGGCUUUCAGCCCUGAGCACGGCCCCGCCAAGCAGAAUGGACAGAAGUCCCGCACCAACAAGACGCCCCCCCACCCCCUGGCCUACAACUCCACCGCCAACUUUAAGAGCUGGGACCCCAAGGAUCAGUCUCUCCGGCGGCAACAGGCUUAUGGGAACAAGGGCAAGCUUGGCACGGCUGAGUCAGGCUCCAGUGACCCCUUGGGAACUCGCACCCCGCACUACCCACCCCCACAGCCAUACUUCAUCACCAACAGCAAAACGGAAGUGACUGUCUGAGCUGUCGCCACAGGGGACAUCCUGGAAACCACACUCAACUGAGAGAGGCAAAAAAUACCCCAGCCCACGUCUUCCCUGCCCCCCGCCAGCACACCCACCUUCACACUCACCCUCCACACCAACUGAUGAUAAACCUACUGGUGACAUGGAAUCAUGCUUUUCCUGCGUCCUGCCUAACGCGUG